AUGACUAUAAGAGACUCUCCUAUUACGAUUAACCCUCCGGCUGCCAGAAAAAGAAUCAACUGGAAAAAAUUUGAGCAAGAACUAUCGCUUAAAUCUCCAAAACUGACGACCAAACUAUCAAACCCAACAGAAAUCGACAACGAGGUUGAUUCAUUUACCACACUCAUAAAGUCAACAAUCGAAAAAUGCUCCUACCUCAUUAACAAACCUCAAACCAGAGAGCCACUCUCCCCCGAUAUCUUACUUGAGAUUGCCACCAAACGAAAUUUAAGGAAAGACUGGCAACGCACUAGGCAUCCAGCAGUAAAGACAAUGCUAAACGCCCAAAUAGUGUAUGUCCGAAACCUCCUUAAAGAACACCGUCAACUAGCAUGGGACCGUUUCACAUCCACACUAAAUUUCCAAGAUCAAUCACUCUAUAAAUUAAAUCGUCGUCUGCUUCACAAGAAGCCAGCUUCCACCCCGUUGACGACAAACUCCGGGCAAAAAAUUUACGACACUAAAUCCAAACUGGAGCUGUUUGCAGACACAAUGAGGGACCAGUUUACCGCCAACCCUGGGAACGAGCUAUUGGAGGUCAGCCGAUGGAUCAACGAACUGAACGGAUACUCCACAAAGUCAAGCCUUUUUACUACCCUGGGGAAGUGUUUGGAAUUAUUAAAAACCUACCCGCCAAAGCCCCUGGACACGACAACAUAA